UAUACGAAGCGUUUAAUAACAAGUCUACACGCGACGUAAUUUACUGAUAUUUCAAUAUUAUUCCAGCAUAACAUCGAAUAAUUUUCCAAAUUUAAUCACUAGUAGAUAUUCGAUCUUCAUAGAAAUCUCAACAAAUCAUAUAAUACAUUGCAAUUUGCAUAUGUCAAAAUGAAAAUGGUACAAAAGUAGGCCGGUUUCCAUUCUCCCACUCUGAUUUCGAUCCAAGCAGUCUACUUGGUAGGUGCACACAACAAUACUUGUCACUGCUGUUUGAAAUUGCAAGAGAGAAGCAAGAAGAAAUUUCACUCAGCACCAAGAUGGACCGAACGAGCGUUACAUCCCGAAUUCCGACCGGCUUGAGGGUUCCGAGAGGCUAUCGGGCCACCCAAGCAAUUGGAGGUAAAGCGGAAUCGGGAGGGAAAGUUCGUUUUCCAAGCAAGACUAUUCCAACCGCGAACGAGAUAGAUCCUGAAGAGAGCUUGAUUGAGGACGAAAAUUUUCCGCCGUUGUUCUAUGAAGACAUAGAGGAUACUGGAGACGACCCGUACGACUGGGAGCCGAUAAACAUUUCCGAGAUCGACGAGGUAUAUUUUCGGAAGCUGAAGGCUGAAUGGGAGCUUCAAAAAAUGAGAGUGGAAAACUCCAGAUUGCGGCAGGAGAAUCAACGGCUAAAAACAGCAGCAAAAGGGGUAAGACUAUUUAAGUAUUGUUGUUUGAAAAUGCUGCUGGUUGUUGCAGGAGAAGUGGCGCAGUCGCUCUUUGUUUAAAUCUUCUAUCAUAAACAUAAUUGGGAGUGUUUUUGUGUGUUAUCUUCAAUUUUUGUUAUUAUUUCAAGUUGUGUUUUGUUUGAUAUAUUUUGAUGAUUUAUUUUUUCCUUUAGUAUUUGGAUGUUUUUUAUUAGUAUUUAGAUUUACCUUAUUUAUACCGUUGUUGUAUUCCGU